AUGGAGGAUGCUGGCGGCGGCCGAGAGGCGGCGGCGGCGGAGGAAUUCUCGCCGGAGGAGAUAGAGUACAUGAGCUAUGGCGGCGAGCACCACCUGCCGCUGAUCAUGGCGCUAGUAGACCAGGAGCUGAGCGAGCCCUACUCCAUCUUCACCUACCGUUACUUCGUCUACCAGUGGCCCCAGCUCUCUUUCCUCGUACUCCCCGGCCCCCUCCCCCAAUCUAGAUACGAAGUCUAUCUUUCUCUAGGUCUUCGCCGUCGCUGAGUACCUGGAGCUAACUGUUGUGUGAUGAUCAGGCAUUCCAUAAGGGAAAAUGUGUGGGAACCGUCGUCUGCAAGAUGGGGGAGCAUCGCCAUAGCUUCCGGGGGUACAUUGCUAUGCUGGUUGUUGUCAAACCUUACAGGGGCCGAGGCAUAGGUAAAUGAUGCCAUGUCAUUAUCUCUCUCUUUCCUUGUAAGAAUUAGCAUCCACAAGCGGAACAUAGGAAGUCUGCUGACUGUUAGAAUUCGUGGGGCAUGAUCAAGGGUUUAGGAGUUUCUUAUAUUUUACGAGGUGGAGAAUUUUUUCUAAGAAAUUAUAUUACCCCUUUCUCUCUCUCUCUCCACUCCGAUGGAAUGUGUCUGGGAAGGGAUGUGUGUGAGACCUGGAAUUCUGCCUUGAAACAGAAAUUUUCCAAUUCUGCGUUGAACUGGAUUGUUCUAAGCUUCAUAGUGGAUUUUCCAAACGAGAAACCCUUUUAACUCCAUUUUUUUGCAAGAGUGAAAAGUUAUGUUCAGUUUCUUAUGUGUUAUUUAAUUAAAUUUCCCCCUCAUUGCAGCUACUGAACUCGUUACUAGAUCCAUAAGAGUAAUGAUGGAAUCUGGAUGUGAAGAGGUGAGUCUUUCCUAGCCCAUUAUGAUUUUGGUAGCUCUCUACGAUUUUAGAUUUCUGAGUUAAAGGAUUGUGAUAUCAUCUGUGUUGCAUCUACACAUUCCUGCUAUUUCAGCCAUUGAUUAUACAGUGUCUUUCACACCAUGACUUGUGGAUAAGUUUAUUUUUCAGACCUCACAAACAGAAAAGAUGAUUCGACGCAGAUUCACUUUGGAUCUACCAGCUAUUCUUGUCCUAUCUAGAAAACCCAAAAUCAUGCGUAAAUAUUUGAUUCGGAUAUCAGCUAGAGAGAGAAAAUUUUAUUUUUUGUUCAAGCACAGCAUCUUGUGCCAAUAGUCGUUAGAUGCCAACAAAUGCCCAUAAAAUAAUGUUCUGGUAUCUACUUUUAGUUGGUCUAUUGCAGAAUAGGAUGGACUUUUCUCUGGAUUAUGCCCAUCAGAUUCUCCUCUCCGUUUGUGCCCAGUCUUCUGCUCUCAUCAAGUUCUGAAGGCCCUGGUACUCUAGUUUCGGAUUUGAUCUCUCCACCUCCCUCCCCCCGCCCCCCGGCUCGUUCCCCUUAGUCCACAAUGAAGCGAAAACAUUUAUUUUUCCCGUUCUAUGGGCAGUUCUUCCCCUUAUAUAUUUAAAAAGUCAGUCAACUUGAUAUUGACUUUCUUCCAAUUUUUUCCAAUUGUCAGCGCCAGUUAUGCUUGAGGCUUGUUUUUGGUUGACCCAGAUAGAAGGCAUGAAUUCAGGAAUAAUAUACAAGACUCAGAGGUGCACCAGUUGGAAUCAAUUAUUUUUUGCUAGAUAACAAAAAAUCAGUAUAUUCGAGAAUUGGAUCAUUAGAAUAGUCUGAAAUGAUUGGAAGAAAUUAUAUAUGUUAUAAAUUUUAAAAAAACAUUUUCUAAUGAUGAAAAAAAAUUAAAACUGUUCUCUACAUUUUCGAUUGAUUCUGAUUUUAAAAUUUUGACCAUUUCAUUUAUCAUUUUCAACAGAAUAUCUACAGAAGAUAUUUCAACAGAAUAAUCAUGUCUACCAUUUUUAUCAGAUCUAGAGUCAUUUACCUUGGUUAGGUCUGGGUUGCUCCUCCUGUAGGUCACUCUAGAGGCAGAAGUCACCAACAAGGGAGCCCUGGCUCUGUAUGGCCGACUUGGGUUCAUCAGGGCCAAGAGAUUAUUUCGGUAUUAUUUAAAUGGAGUCGAUGCGUUUCGCCUGAAGCUCUUGUUUCCUCGUCAAGAACCCUCUCCACUUCCAGGAAAUGAAGGCAGUCAGCAUUACGAUCACCAGGAACCCUCUCCAUUAUAUCAUUUUCAGUGA